AUGGUCAACGUGACGACCACCGACGCCCGAAUCGUCGACAGCUUCGUAGUCUAUCAAACCGAGCUGAAAAUCAUGGUGGCCAUAUUCACAGUGGUCUUUGUAAUAGGCUCACUUUUAUCACUCACCUUAUUCUUGAUCAUCGCCUUUCAACCGCGACUGCGCACCGGCUCCGGCAUUCUGCUCGCUCAUCACCAAUUCAUGCAUGUUCUACAAACCGGCAUCUCUAAUCCGUUUUACAUGGCCACAGUGUGGGGCGCCUGGAUGGGCAUCCCAGUCCGCGGCGUCAACUGUACGGUUAUGCAUCUCUUCUGCAAACUCUUUACAUUCACGGAAAUGUGGGCGUCCCUGUUUCUGGCCGUUAAUCGCUUCGUGGCGUUCACUUAUCCGCACCACUACAGCUGCCGGAACCAACGGAGACAACUUGAAAAAUUUGUCCUCCACUUGUGGUUAUCGGAUACAACUUACCCGCAACUCCGCACCGGCUCGGGUAUCCUCGUCGCGCAUCAACAGUUCUCGCACACCUUGCAAACCGGCAUUACCAAUCCAUUCUACAUGGCAACGGGAUGGAUUGUCUGGUUGGGAUUGUCAAUUCGCGGAGUCAACUGUACCGUCAUGUAUUUUUUCUGCCGAGUAUUCACGUACACGGAAAUCUACGCAUCACUGUUUCUCGCCGUUAACCGUUGCAUCGCCUUGAUCUUCCCGCACCGCUACAUUUUAAUAUCGCCAAAAAGAGCGGUUAUCCUGCAGAUGCUGCUGCCAUGGGAGGUCGCCUUGCUGCUGAGCCUGGGUUGGGUGGUGCCGGGUUUCUUCGGGAUCGGGAGCAUUUUCGGGAACCGGAAAACGGACUGCGGACAUAUCGGUGUCCCGUCUGCUCUGAUCACUGACACCGUAGCCAGCCUUGGUUUGUGUAUUCCGUUAAUUAUUGAGGGACUUUGCUACGUCACGGUGCUGAUCCAUCAGAAGAAAUGA